AUGGAAUAAUCAUAAAAUUUAACUAAAAAGUAGUUUUAAGAGUUAGAAAAGAAAAUUCAAAUCUCCUUUAAUAAUAUCUUUAAAGCAAACACUGUGCGUAGCAAAGAACAUUCAAAAAGUGAUAUCUAAUUGAAUGGUGAGAUGAUGAAUUUUAUUUUAAAAUUUCACAAUGAUGAACAAAUAGAAAUGGCUAUAAACUUUUUUAGACUACUAACAAAGAAUCUUAAGAAUCAUAUCUAUGAUUAUAUCAUUCCUUCUUUAGGUUGUCUGAAAUUUGAUGAUUAAAGAAAAGGGUGCUAGAACCUUGAAGUUUUUAUAAAAAUUUAUGAGAAUUAUAUAUAAAGAUCGAAAUAUCUCUUGACUUCGUUCUAUUUUGCAAUUAACCUCCUACAUCAGAAUAAUCUGUUGGAAACUCUAUAAAAUUAUUUAAGCUAUCUAUUAUUUGAGAGAUUAAGCUCAACUCAUAUUCCUAAAUCAUUAUAUUGUUGCUUUUUUUAGCAAUUGGAUGUUGCAUAUACUCAAGUAGAUCAUAGUUAAGAUUCCUGGAAGAAUCUUACUCUGGUCCUGAAUAAGUUUGGAGACAUUUUAAUUAAUUUACAAUAGGGAUAGCCAAAUAUCGAGAUUAUUCUAGAUUUUCCAGAUCAAAUUUUGUCUCAUUUUAAAAAUAAAUAUUAGGGACUGUUUAAUAGUUGGAUAGACCAAUGUGAAAUUCCACUUUAUUUGAGAAGAGUUAAAAGGGAAAAGGAAUUGAAUGACUAAAUACUAAAUUUUUAAAGCAAUUCAAUCAAAUAAAAAGUUAAUUCUCUUUUAGAAGACCACCUCCUUAAAAAUUAUAAAGAUGUUAUUCUAUCUGAAAAAAAGCCCUUUAAUUUAGGAUAUCUUCUUUAGAAUUUUCAAUAUGAGGCAUAGUAAUAUCAAAACGAUUUAGAACUAUUCAAUGAGUUAUAUUUAACUCAUGAUCCUGAUGAUUAAGAGAUAAAAAUGAAAAUCAAGCAGAAGAUCAUAUAAGAAGGUAACCAAAUUUUAGAAAUGAUAAUAAAUGAAGAAAUAAAUUAAAAAUUGGCUCAUCGUUUUAUAAUUUCCUUGUUUUAGUUAUUUCAGAAAUAUCUUAAAAUGAUAGAAAUCUGUUUGUGUCAUAAUACAAAUAUUUCAUCUUUAUUAACAAGUGCAUUCGAAGAAUUACUUAAUUGUUAAAAUUAGAAUAUAGAUUUUCAAGAAUACUUUGUCUUGUACAUAGAAGUAGAAAUAGAGAAUGUGAUCAAUAGCUAAAUUAACAAGGAAUAAUUAAUUGAUUCAAUUCAAUUAUUGUUGUUUAUAUCUGAAAAUCAAGAUUUCACUUUAUAUUAUCAAAGUCGGUUAGCGUAAAGAUUAUUGAAAUACUAUCGAAUAUUAACCAAUCAUGAGUCUUUUUAAAUCUAUUUGAGGACUGAAUCAUUAAUAAUCUAAAAGAUGUCUAGCCUAAUGGGAAAUUAGAAUAUCUACCCUCUACAAUUAAUGAUAGAAGAAUUCUAAAAAAAUAGUGACACAACUUUUGAAUUUCGAACAGAAAAUCAUAAGUUAUUGAUUGCGCAAUAUCCUUUAUUAUUAAGAUAUCAAGAUUGGCCUAAAUUCUAAUAAUAGCAAAUAGAAUUAAAUUAAGAACUUUAAACAGUUAAUUAGCUAAAAUUGCAAUUUGAAUAAUAAUAAGAUUAAAAAUUCAUUAAUUGGUUAGAUCUGAUAUCUUAUGUUGAUAUUGAAUGUUCAAAGCUGUAAAUAACAUUCCGUAUCAGUAUCCCUUAAGCAAUAAUCUUAUUUUCAUAUUAAUUCUAAAAUGAGUUGAUGAGUAUUAAGAGAAUAUCAUAAAUCACAAAGCUAUAGGAAUACUUUAUUUUAUAAAACUGUGCAGAGAUGAAAGAUGCAAAAAUUUUGGAAGAAGUCAUCCAGGACGACGUUAAACUAUAUAGAUUUAAUGAGGAAUUGAAGGACUAAGAAGUAACAUAAAUGAGAAAACUAGUGAUCGCAACUGCCUAAAUCCCUUUUUUAUAUUUAAAAAAAUCAAAAUAAAGAAAAAAUCUAUAUUCACCCAUAGAAGCCUUUAUUAUUAGAACCUUGAAGAACUAAAAAAAAAUUUUAUUUUAAGACUUGGUUCCUAUUAUUGAAAAUUUUAUAAAACACACCUUUAAUGAGAGGGUUUAAUCAGAUCAAAUAACAUCUAUUGUUCAAGAUUUGUACGAAAAAGGUUAUUUAGAAAAAGAUGAAACUAAUCCAGAACUAUUGAAGUACGUUUGA